GUGAAAAAGAAAGUUAUCCAAAUUCCUAAUUCUCAUCGAAUUGUGAGCUUCUCAUCAACAGUUGGGAUUUUCAGCGCCAUACCUCUGCAAUCAACAUUCAACAGUAUAUACGACCAAGAAUCCUCAACAAAUGGAAAUGGCUAAAACCCUAAUGGUUAAUGCCUAUUGCCGGAAUCGUUUAUCUUUUUCUGCAAUCCCAAAAUCGUCAAAGAGUAAAUUCUCGUUCUCAAAAGCAAUGGCAUCGGGUUCUAGCUUUUGCCCGCCUGUACCCACCCAAUUUAGAUGCAGACCCAUCUCUUCUUUUCCGAUUUCAUCUCAAUAUUUGGUUUCCUUCAAGUGUUUUUCUGUUAAGGCUUCCAGUUCGACUCCCAAAGAUGAGUUGCCAGCUUGCAUUGGCUUUCUAGGUCUUGGAAUUAUGGGUUCACCAAUGGCACAAAAUCUCAUAAAAGCAGGAUGUGAUGUGACUGUCUGGAAUCGGACAAAGAGCAAAUGCGAUCCCGUAAUAUCCUUGGGUGCAAAGUAUAAAUCCUCUCCUGAGGAAGUAGCUGCAUCUUGUGAUGUCACAUUUGCCAUGCUUGCUGAUCCUGAUAGUGCAGUGGAAGUUGCAUGCGGAAAUCAUGGAGCUGCAGGUGGUAUGAGUCCUGGAAAAGGCUAUGUUGAUAUCUCUACAGUUGAUGUUGCCACCUCCACAUUGAUUAGCAGUCGUAUGAAGUCUACUGGAGCACUAUAUUUGGAGGCUCCAGUUUCAGGCUCAAAAAAGCCAGCAGAAGAUGGACAACUAAUUUUCCUCACCGCAGGUGACAAAUCUCUAUAUGAAACAGCUGCUCCACUCUUAGACAUCAUGGGGAAGUCGAGAUUUUACCUUGGAGAUGUCGGCAAUGGAUCUGCAAUGAAACUCGUUGUCAAUAUGAUUAUGGGAAGUAUGAUGGCAUCUUUUUCUGAAGGAUUGCUUCUCAGUGAGAAAGUAGGACUGGACCCAAGUGUAUUGGUUGAGGUUAUCUCGCAGGGUGCCAUUAGUUCACCAAUGUACUCGAUGAAAGGUCCUUCAAUGGUUCAGUCGCUGUAUCCUACUGCAUUUCCUUUAAAGCAUCAGCAAAAGGACCUUCGACUGGCUCUGGGGUUAGCUGAAUCUGUUUCACAACCAACUCCCAUUGCAGCGGCUGCAAAUGAACUAUACAAGGUGGCAAAAUCCCGUGGUUUGAGUAACCAGGACUUCUCUGCCGUAAUUGAAGCACUGAAAGUGAAACUAGAACAAGAAAAAUGAAAGUAUUAGGCAAUUCAUCUCUUUUUGAACAAGUCGAGUUCCUUAACUCCUUGACUGGAUGAUUUUAGCUUCUUUUUGUACUUCAUAUUCAAACUCCUUGCUUUCCAUGAUAUCUUGAAAAUCCAUCUUUUGUAUACAAGAGACUUGCUGUCCAA